CCGAACAGUACCGUAACACCGCGCCAUCUUUCAAGAACUCGCCGAUCACAAAAACCAACCAACGACAAUCCCUACUUUUUUCGUCUGAAUCAUCCUGGCAAUUGUUGUCAUAUAUUUGUUUAUUACUGGUAUUGGGUUGGCCACUACUAGCUAGAUACUCAGCAACUGAUGAUAUCGUAUGUGUUGGGCUUCGAAUUGAAUUGAAAGACCUAGCUACACGCAGGUCUCCUGGAAUAUGGAUCAUACGACAAUCUACACAAACGUGAGGUUCAGAGACAAGCCAGGAAAGCUUCGAUUGACUUCUGAGAAGAUUGCAUUCAAGCCAGACGAGGGGACUGAUGGACGAUACGAUUCUUGGAAAUGGUCGGCAAUCCAAAAGCACCAGGUCACUGCCAAGAGGACCAAGAAGGCGCAGCUGAAAUUGAUUUCAAUGGAAGACACCUCCAAAUCGGUGGUUUUCACUUUGGAGAACCACCAACAGUUGGAGAACAUUCGCCAUGAUGUCACCCACCGUUUGCGAAAAGCCCGCAGCAAUCAGGGCCCUUGCAAACGGCGUUCUACAAUUGGGCAGGGAGACUUUUUCAGUGAUAGUACGGUAUCCUUCAGUCGACGCGGAAGCAUCAUGUCGUUUGCAACAGUCAGCGACUUGGACAUGUCCAUAAGUGGGAGUCAACAAAGUGGUUUACCAUGGGAUAUCCAAUUGGAUUAUUCAUUCCAAACAAGGGGCUUGUCUGGAUUGGAUGACUCUGAUGCUACUGCUACACGUGCCAUCAACAGUCGACACUCUAAUCUUGUACUAGAUGCUGAAACCGACAUCAAGCCAAAGGUGAGACCCCCGGCAACAGUGAAUAUCGCAACAGGCGCAUUCGUCAAAGAAAAGGCAGCAAUGAAAAGACCCGUUCGAUCACGCGUCUUGUCCUUCCAGUGCCUGUUGUUGGUACUCUUGGGGUCGGCAGCUGUUGUCGCAUUCAGCGUCAUAGGAAGCCUUGGUUUCUUCAAUGGGAAAGUUGAUGCUGCAAGCGUUGAGAGAUUGCUGCCUUUUCUCAAGGUUUUCCCUGGCGACGAGAAGACGAGUUUGUCAAUUUUCAACCAGAAACACAACCCCAAGUCGAGCAGCAUUUGCUUGAGAAAGCGAAGAGAUGAAACUAUCAGUAGUGGCGAACAGUGCGUCGUCGCAAUUCAAUUCUCAAAAUGACUGACAUGUACAGAGGAAUGGUCAAGCUAGCCAGCGAGCAAACCAUUGACAACAGACAGGAAUUGACGCCCAGUACGCAAGCACAGUGCACUCCCACACAUAGAUAUAGAAAGCAAGCAAACUAUAGUACAAAGUUUCACUCAAAAGAGAUAUGCUUCUUGGGCU